AUGCCAGUGAUUGCCAAUCCAAGUGAACUCGACAAACAGACGUUUGACUUUGUCAUUGUUGGAGGGGGGACAGCAGGCUGUGUUUUAGCCAACCGUCUAUCCUGCAGAUAUAGAGUAUUACUUUUAGAAGCAGGAACGAGAACACAUGAUGAUCUAGUCGAAUCGCGAGUUCCCUUAUUGAAUAGUCGACUAAAGAACACAGAGGUAGAUUGGAAGCUUCAGUCAGUCAGCCAGCCAAGUGCAGAUAACCGUACAAUUGGUAUCCCCCUUGGAAAGAUGCUCGGUGGCUCGAGUGCAUUCAAUGCAUGUUUAUGGCAUAGAUGCUCUCCCUCAGAUUAUGACGCAUGGCAUGCAAACGGAUGGACUUACAAGGAUUUGAAGCCUUACUUUUGUAAGGCUGAGUCAUUUCAUCCUACACACGACAUUCACGGAACCUCAGGGCCCAUUCACGCCACUGAUUUAGAGAUCAACCCUGAGUCAUUGGGCCACUAUUUCAAAAAGGCUUGUCAAAAUGCGGGUCUACCCGACCAUGAUGAUGUGACAGAUAAGCCAUGUCAAAUCGGAGUGACACACGUUCAAUCAAACAUCUAUCAAGGAGAGAGAUCAUCCACGGGAGCAUGCUACCUGCCAAAAGACAUUCUUGAGCGAGCUAAUCUAACUGUUGCUAUGGGUUGCCAUGUUACUCAAGUCUUGUUUAAUGGUGAUCAAGCAGAUAAGAUCAGAUUUAAUCACCACGAUCAUGAUUAUGUUGUUCACAUUGGCCGUGAGGUUAUCCUAUCGGCAGGAGCCCUGCUUUCUCCUUUCUUACUGUUGAAAAGCGGUAUUGGGCCCAAAGAUGAGCUCGCUCGACAUGGAAUCAACGUCGUAAUCGACUUACCUGGGGUCGGAAAGAACUUGCAGAACCAUUGGAGAAUACCUCUUGUUCAUGAAACAAUUGAGCCAGAAAUGUCUUUGCACAGAGAUCUUUUUAUAAAUACUGAUGCAACACUGAAGCAAGCUCUUGAUCAAAAGACAGGCGCAAUGACGCGUAUAUGGCCUGAUGCUGUUGCCUAUAUGAAAAUUAAGGGUACUCCUGAUAAUAGUAGUGAUAUUGAAAACGCGCCUCAAAUGGAGUUGUUUACAGGUGGCCUGGCUCUUUGUAAGCAGGCUGGGUCUCUGACACACAUGAACUGUGCUACCCUGCUCAUGGUCUACCUUGCUCCUUUCUCAAGAGGCUCAGUUACCAUAUCAAGCAAGGAAGACAUUUGUAUAGACUUGGGUCUAUUGAGCGAUAAAAGAGAUUUAGAAUGUAUAGAGAAAGGAUUAAGACUUUCCUUUGAUAUUGCAAAUGAUCCAAUCUACAGAGAUAGCUGCAUAAAACGAUGGAUAUUACCGGCUAAAGACAUGGACCAGCUGAACUUGGAAGAAUAUAUUAAAGAAAAUAUAGAAACCAUCCAUCAUUACGCAGGCACAUGCAAGAUGGGGCCUAAAGAGGAUCGCAUGGCAGUUGUCGAUGAACGCUUGAAAGUAUACGGGGUCAACAAUAUCCGUGUAGUAGACGCGUCGUUUUUCCCAAUUGUACCUGCUGGUCAGAUAUGUUUCCCGGUAAUUGCAUGUGCUGAGAGAGCAGCUGAUAUCAUACUUGAUGAACAUCAGCCAUAA